AGAAUUAAACGUUACGUUGGAUAUUUUGGCAGGUUUUGGGUUAUCUUUGACGAACUUUCAUGCAUAUUCAUUACGUUCUUCUCAUCAAUAUGCAUCAGGCAAAGAGUCUGGCGCUCUUUGCGCGGUUGCGUCACAGGGUGAUUCCUGUUGAGACCGCGCGUAACCCAGACGUUCAAGACUUUGUUUGCAGUUGAAAAAGCUAGUUUCUGAUCUUUUUUCGGAAAUUAACCGCAGACUUUGUAUUUUUCAUGUUUGCGGAUACAAUCAAGGUGUCAUCGGUUUCGUAAUUAUAAAGCCAACGGCUUCAAUUCGCUGGUUAUCAACGAGGACUGAUCGACGACAUAUCAUCAUCAUUAUCAUCGAUAAUUGAGGUCUGGGCGAAAUAAUACACAGUUCAGCUUUGUUUUAUCUGAACCGUGAUCUGAUCUUCGGAAAAAAACUGGUCAUUUGCCAAGUAUUGCAGUUUUGAUCGCAAGACUGCUGUGAGCAUAUGGCAAAUCCUUCGGUUGUGCGCCAACAGUUAUCUUAUUAGUUGUCUGUUAAGCCCAAAAGCAACUGGACAGAUUUAACUUAUAUAUAUAUUAUUUGGAAGACAUUUCGCUAUUCAAAGUGACUCCAUAAGGUAAUUAGCUGGAAAUCAAAGAGCCAACCUUAAGAAGAACACAACUUUGUGGUACCACCCCACCAUGUUGGGAAUUAUGGAUCAUCACCAAGACACCGUGCGGAAAUGUAAAACUGAGGCUUUGCCUCCAGAGCGUAGGAAAAGGACCGUUGAGGAUUUCAAUAAGUUUUGCAGCUUUGUCCUGGCCUAUGCUGGGUACAUUCCACCUCAAACAGAAGAGAGUUCGUGGUCUCCGUCUUCAUCUCCAUGUACACACGAGCUUUCUGAGCUCUCCGGUGAAGGGUCCGUAAAGGAUAGCUGGACCGACGCUCACUCCGACCUCAACGGCAUUCACAACUUGGUCUACAAAGCUGAGACUGACAGCAGCAGCACAGAGUUCAGCCAUCUUCAGUCGGACAGCUCCUUAGACCAGAUGAGACUGAAAGACUCUCUGAACCAGAUCCAUCUUCAUAGUAAAGCUGAGAGGAAGAAGGUGAAAAAACUCGGACGCUUAUCUUUAGGAGGGCCGAGAAAAAGCAUCUCGGAGGCAAGAGCACACAAACAAUCAAAAGCAGCACUGAAGAAAAUGAAGAGAUCGGUAAAGACUGAGAGUCACUUUACACCCACAAGCCCUCUAAAUGAGGGGCUUCAAAAGGAGGAGGGACUAACGGAACAGGCCAUUCACUUGCAUGAGGCGGGGCUUAAACUGGAGUCCAAUCAAGAAACAGACCUGAGCUCUUGCGAAACAGACACACUGGUGACCGAUGAGGAUAUUAUGGUGGAGUCUGGUGAUGAUUCAUGGGAUCUGAUUACUUGUUAUUGCGGGAAGCCUUUUGCCGGACGUCCAAUGAUUGAAUGUGACGAGUGCUCCAUAUGGGUUCAUCUCUCCUGCGCUAAGAUUAAGAAGUCCAACGUACCUGACAUUUUCUACUGCUACAGAUGCAGGGACUCUCGGGGUUCCACGGUCAAAAGAGACCUAUGAGAAGGAGUGUAUGGGUGCAGAUGUGUGUAUUUAAAUGGACGAGAUGUUCUCAUUCCGGUCCUUUUUACUUUUCUGAUUACUAUUAAUUAGUUUCUGUUAAAUUAAAAGAUUUGAUUUAUAUAACUCCAUUUGUUAUCCUUUCUUCUGUGUUGACAGAUUGGUCUUGGUUUAUAUUAAGUGGCUUUCAGGUUUAAGAAGGCUUCCUAAAUCUCAUGCACUUAUUUGCACUACUGUAUUUUGAUUGUACACAAAUAAACUAAAAUUAAUAUGGCUGGAAAAUGUGCACUAUGACCAUAUAUUAUGUGGAUAAAUGAAUGAACAUCUCUUUUGGCCCUCUGGUAUUUCAAAGUAAACUAGUUAGUUUAAAACCAAAAUAUAUAUAUAUACAUUUUUUUCAGUGAUGAUUGUUUACAUCACAAGAGCAUGUCCGGGUAAUAUCUCGCUACAAGUCAAGAAAGAAAUUUAAUUUUGCGUAAAGGACCAUUAAGAUAUAUAUAUAUUUUUUGCAUUGUUUUCAUGACAUUUAACUGCAAUGCUACUUCCAGGGAAGUGGUGUACUAAAUGAAUCCAGUGUUUUUCAGUCUUGCCACUGGGGGUCCCUCUGCACAUUUGUUGCAAAAUAAAACAAACACCUUAUUUGGGUCAAGGAGCACUCUAGGAAAGAUCUGAUGGGUGCAAUUAGGAGCGUAAAAUAAGGGAUACCUCCAACACAGAUCUGUAUGACUCAAACACUGUUCAAAUCAAUGUAAUUAUAUUUUUUAAGUGAUGUUCUAGGAAAAGGUUUUCAGUCUUGUGACGAAUAUCCUCACUUGAGCUGUUGCAGGAAGUUCUCAGAUUAACCUUUGACCGUUGUAAACCAAAUUUCUUGGUUUUUGUUAGUUGGGUAUUAAGUUGCAGUUCAAGAAUUUAGGCACCAUUUCCAACUUUCAUCAAAAAAUCAUGGUAGAAUUGUUCCGUUUUUUUAUUUUAAGAAUGAAACCAUUUGUUGUUUUGUUUGUGUCCUGCUCAUCCCAGUGUAUAUAGUAUAUGUAUGUACAGGUGUAUAUGUUUGAAAUAUGAGGAAAUGCUAUAUUUUUCUGACCAUAUACAGCAGUAAAUUCUGAAAAUAAAUGUUCUUUUACAGUCAA